UACACUACCCAGAAUGUUCUGCACAGAGAGGUGUGAGGAACCGCCCUUUGCCUACCUGAGCGCAGGCGAUGGGUUCCUAUGGCAACAAGGAAGAAGGUUAUGAAGACUCCUCCCUGUAGCCUCAGCAACAAAAAGUGUUGGCUUCGCGCUAGAGGUUAUUUUUGGGGCAGCUGGGCCAUGGCUUCCUGAAUAGAGGAUGCUGUUCAUGACUAAGCUAAAAUGACUGUGAAAUUGCUCUCUCUUCUGUCUGCACCAUCUGUCCUCUUGGCUUUGUGCUUUGCCACAAGGAGUGAGCAGGAAAGGACAGAAGCUUUGCAAGAUUUAUCAUGUAUGGACCUAGAUCACUUCUACAGCCACACCAUUUUGACUCAACAAGAAUUGGUUAAUCAUUUGUUCUGCCCUUUGGAUAAUCGGAGCCUCCAGCUUCUUCAGUCUGCCUCAGACUUUAACAUCCAGUGGAGCAAAAACUGUCAUCCGCUUAACCUCACUGCCUUAGGCAGUCUGCACAGCACAUUGCAGAACACAACUGCAUACCUCACCUUCGAGCACCCAAAUGCCAGUGAUGCAGGCAACUACACCUGCACGCUCUACUUGAAUGAUCAGAGAAACGCCUCCUUCACUAUCCAGCUGGUCAUGGCAGAUCUUUGCAGUGUGCUUCCCAAGUUCCUUUAUCCCUCCAGCAAUCUGACUUUGCAGCGUGCUUUGGGAAGCCACUUAAUGCUGAACUGCACUGUGCAGCUGCCCUUCAAUAAAAGCUGUGAUCUUAACCUGCACUGGAUGAAAGAUGACCAGUUGUUAGACAAUGAGACCUAUGCUUCUACUCAUUGGUACAGUGACAAUGUAUCAGAGAUAUUCCUCUCCAGCAGUUUGGAGGUGAAUGUGACUACUGAUGAAAAUUACGGAGUUUUUGCCUGCUUGGUUAGAAACAGUACAGCAGUUUUCACGCUGCAAAAAUCAGCAGAGACUGUUGGACAUUUGGGUGCAGUGCUUGCUGCGCUUUUCAUCGUGGCACUGCUUCUACUAAUGGCUGUGAUGUAUGUGAAAUGCCGUCUGAAUGUGCUCCUCUGGUACAGGAACCAUCAUGCAGAACUGGAGAUCAAUGAUGGAAAGAUCUAUGAUGCCUAUGUGUCUUAUGCUAACUCAAUGGAUGAUAGAAAGUUUGUGAACUUCAUAGUGAAGCCACAGCUGGAAAAUCGUCAUGGCUACAAGCUUUUCCUGGAUGAUAAAGACAUUCUGCCCAAUUCAGAACCUUCUGCAGAUUUGAUUAUGAACGUCAGCCGGUGCCGACGCCUCAUUGUGGUUCUCUCUAAUGCAUACCUGGAACAGGAAUGGUGCAACAACAAUUUCAGGGAAGGGCUUUGGAGGCUGCUGGAACUGUCCCGGAGGCCAAUCUUCAUUGCCUUUGAAAGCCAGUACCGGGAAAUAGCACAUCCGGCCAUUAAUUUGCUGAAGCAGCAGAAGAGUGCUGUGACCCUUCUGAUGUGGCGUGCUGGUUCCAUGGUGCCUUCAUCUGAUUUUUGGAAGGAACUAUGUCUCGCCCUGCCACGAAAAGAGUCUUAUCGAGGCCUCAGGGGAGACCCCCAAACCAAUCUUCAGGAAGACAAGGACCCCAUGCUGAUCCUCCAGAACAACUACCUGGAUUUCCGGGAGGAUUCCCAUCCUGAAGGAGACACUGGUGUCAGGGGGCCCAUUUUCAAAGGCCCACCUCCUCACUUUAUUGGCCCUGAUGGUCCACCACUUGGUUCAUUGGAAGAAGUACAGCUUGGGGAAAAACAGCGGAGUGAGAUAGACAUCUCUGAUUUGGGAUCUCGGAACUAUGGAGCCAGAACAGACUUCUAUUGUCUGGUGACAGAAGAUGAUAUAUAAGAGAUGCUGGGAUAGUCCUGUGACACUGGCCAUUUUCAUUAGCAUGAUGUUCGUUGACAAGGAUAAUAUGCUUGGAUAGUUUCUCUGAUCCAUAACAACCAAGUGGGAGUGCUGCAGGGCCCAGGACUCUUCAUCAUUUUUAUCAAUUACUUAGCUGAAGGGUUGGAAGGAAUCCUUGUCAGUUCUGUGGAUGACACAAAAAUGGGAGGGAUCGCUAACACCUGAGAAGAUAGGAAUAAAAUUCAACAUGAUCUUAACAGAUUGGGAAACCAGGCUAACUAAUGCAAUGAAAUUCAGCAGAGGUAAAGCAAAAUUCAGUUAUGCAAGUAUAGGAUGUGUGAGGAUGGGGAGAUAGCUGGCUUGACAAUAGUAUAUGUGAAAUGGAUUUCAGGAUUGCACUCAGUCACAAGCUAACUAUGAGUCAGUGGUAUGAUAUGGCUGCAAAAAAUGCUAAUAGGAUUUUUGACUGCAUUAAUAGACCCAUGGUUUCCAAGUCACCAGAAAUGGAGCUAUUAAAAUGGAGCCAGUUAUGUAGGGGCCAGGUGGUUUCUGGAGGUCUACAAGCAGCAGCUGGAUCUGAAUUGAGGUGGCCUACAGCAUGGGUGGCUAUAUGCCCCCGAACUUUGUCUGGUCCUCCAUCACUUCACCAUUUUGGUGGUGGCAGUGAAAAUUAAAGUAGAGUGCUGGAAGGUAACCCAGCUCUGUGCCUGUACAUGUAGUGUGUGUUUGUGCAUGUGUGUGCCUGGAUAUGCAAGACUAUGGAUGGGAGUGAGAUGUCUACACCCACAACUGGCAUAUGGCCAAUGGAGAGUUUGCCAAGGGUCAAUUUAGACCAAGAAGGUUAACUAUCCCUAGCCUACAGUGUCCCCUUAAAAUGAUUUUAUUAACUUUUCAGCACUGUGAUGGUUGCAAGGAGUUUCUAUUAAUCCUGGGGCAUAUGUGACCCUCUUAGUGCCUUAUACAGUGAAUAUCUUUAGUUUUUAGAACUACUGAGGAUCAAGGAAAGUUGUUAGGAAUGAAUGACUGUAUAGUUAUCAAGUUAUGAUCUGCCCUAGACCCCUGUACUGAGACCCCAGCAACAAGUUUGUCAGACUUCUCUGUUAUUGCUAGCAUCGCUGGAUCAGCCUUGCAGUUUCAGAAAUGGGCUUUGCUGGCCAGCACUGAGGUAACAGAAAAAAGGAAAAUAACAGCAAAUAGGCCUGGCACUGCUGACACCUUGUUCUUGCUGGAAAUAUAUCAGUCAACAGCAGUGUAAUGGAAGCAACAUCUUGGACAAAACUUACCCACGUUAGUAAUUUGGUUUCCAAAUGAAAAAAGUACAUGGACAGCCACAGCCCUUGGACAGCUAGCACUUUCCGAGCGUUACAACCUGAUCCUAAUCACAUUUGCUUGGAGGCUAAGUCCUAUGGAUUACAGUUGACCUUAUUUUCAGGUAUGUUUGUGAGUACAGCCUUAGCUAUUCACUGUUGCUACUAGGUGCGGAUCAGUGCCUAGGAUGGAGUGUGGGGGACUGUAAUGUUGAUGGGAUAUCAACUAAAUCUCAAGAAAAGUGUGGCUUAUGGAAGAGAGAGGAUUUGUAAAGCAAUGACAUUGAAAAUCUAGGAUGAGAAGGUCAAGAUUUACUUGAUGGCAGCCUUUCCCAACCUUUGGGAUCCUAGAUGUUGCUUCCUGACUGUUGGCCAUACUGACUGGGGCUGAUGGGAGUUAUAGUCCAACAACUUCGGGGGACCCAAAGGUUGGAAAAGGCUGCUUUAUGAUUUAGCUAGUAUAAUGGCAAAUGUCUUACAAAGUCUUACUUGUCAGAAGAGGUUGGCAUGGCACAUGGUCUAUUGUCCUGUGCCAGUUUGUUCUCUUGCCAAGCAAGUCCCUGUGCAAGUCACCCACCAGAAAGCCUAACUGCAAUAAUAGCACUUCAAAAUGCCUUUCUUAGGUUGUGUUUAGCUACUGGUGUUGUUUGCUGCCUGAGCACUUCAUAGGACAACUGUUCUUGGUUUAAAAAUUGUGAAUGCACACACAAAAAGUGGUCAUUAUAAGUGAAUGGGUGCUAGCUGUUUUGCAACAUAAGCAAAUGGCUGUUUUGCAACAUAAGCAGACGGUAGUUCAUGGGCUAUCAACAUUAGCCUCAGAGAGCUGAUGUUGUCCUGUUAACUAGCAGCAAGAGGGUUAAGCCCUGACUUGGAAAAACUGGACCUCCUGCAGAUCAGGCCAGAUUGUGUCAGGACUAGGUGAGCACUGCUACCUUGGUCAGUGGAUAAAAACAAUGAGGUUGCGAUAGACAGUAUUGGCAUCCUCAUGAUCCUUAUACAUAUCAAGAUUUAUUCCCUUCCACAAACACUAGCAUUAGCUAGUCUAUCCAUUUCUCUUUGGCAUGUAAGGACAUCCACAGCAGUGCCAUAUGGUGCUCUCACUUGGAUAUAAUUCUUCUGGGUAGGCUAAUGUCUGUUGUCCCUUACUUUCUUCCAGCAAUGGAGAGGUCUAGUCUAGUGAAGGCUGCACGGAGACUCAUUUUCCUUCCAAUCCAACUCUUUAGGUCAAAGCAGAAGUGUGGGAGAUGUUUCCUGAAAGAGGAAAUAUAAUGCACCAUAAGGCAGUCUUAUGCUGGCAACACAUUAUGUCUGCACUGGUCCUCACAGGCCACACAGAUAGGCAGGACUGGCCAGCAUCAAUUGAAGACUCAUAAGCAUAUAGACUGAGGGCAUCAGAGUCGGCUAUGAACGUGUUUGGCCCCUGAAGAAAGCCAUAUGCAAUCACAAUCUUUGAUAAUGGGGAUAGUAGACAACUUUAUUCCUUUCAAAAUCAUUAGAGGGAGAGGAGAGCUCUUCAAUUACUCUAAUCAGUACACUUUUGAAAUACUUCUUUCAUUUUAAAGGGUUUUUCUAAGAAUUUUUCAAAGGCUCGAUCCUUUUGUUAUAUUUGUGCUAGCCCCAAUUUAGUGCCAGAACCAUGGUAUCUUGUUUGCAUGCAAUAAAUGUGUUUUCCCUGUCUAGGAGUUUGAUGUACAUUGCCUAGUAAUAUAAUGCAUUAGAUUACUAAUGUGUUAACAGCAUUAGUUACUAUGACCAAAUCUGGCAAAAAGGUGGCACUAUUUUAUAGCGCUUGCAUAGUUAUAAGUUGCCACAAAGCAGUUGAAAAAAGAUUAUGAAGAGCAUAUUGCUAAAACAUUUUGAAAAUCUAAAAAUUAAAUACAUCAUGAGCAGGAAACCGAUCAAGGAGGCCUUUGCAGCUGUAGAUGGCCAAGGAGUGGUAAGAUUGCUAAAGAAUGAGAGAUUGCAGAGAAAUGGAAUUAUGGGUUUUCGCUGAGGAAGAUGUAAAUACAUAUGAACUGUGUUUUUUUCAGGGAGGAUGUUUGGAAAAGUAAAUAAGUAGAUGUGACCUGAAGUUUUAUGGUUAGAAUUAACCCUCCACAUCCAGAUUACACCCAAGAUUUCUUAAAGAACAAAAAUAUACAAUCUAGCACUAAAAUUGGAUUUAUAACUAGAAAGCAGUCAAUUCUAGGUGUAUAUGUGUUAAGGAACCAUCAGUAAAAUUUGGAAAGUAUGUUAAAGGAGAAUUAUUUGGGAUGCUGAAGACAGCCUUGUUGAGGAAGAGUCCAUGUGGCUUCUGCAACAUGAAGUCCUGUCUCAUCGAUCUUUAGGAGUUCUUAGAGAAUAGCAGUUAAUAUUCUCAACAUGGAUAGAAAUGAUCCAGUGAGCAUUUUCUACAAGUUUUCUCCAAGCUUGACUAUUAAUUACUGUUGUGGCUUCCCUCAAAGAAUCCCAGGAAUUGUAGUUUGGUGAAGGUACUGAGAAUUCUGUUAGAGAACCUUAACCCAAGUCACAGAACUACAGUUCCCAGAGUCAUCUAGAAAGAGAACUGCUAUACCAGAUUGUAAAUAUAUACCAGAGGUAUACCACUGACACAUCAAACAGCAUAAAAGAAAAAAUAACAGCAAUAAAUGGUCAAAGCCUUUAUUAUUUACUUACUAACACAAAUGAAUCUGCUCAGGAUUAGACAAUAUGUGUGGAGCAUGCUCAAACUAGGCAAAAGAUUCUGAUCUCUUGUUAUUUUCCUUUUUUGGUGGUCAUACCCUGAUGACAAUGAGGACAAGCUCUAUUUGGUGAUUGCAUGAAGUAAUAGAUAUGACAGAAGACAACGUUCCUAUACCUUUAAUAGUUGUGUAGAAGACAACGUUUUAGCAGGUACAACAUGUCAUACAGGGAUGAGAAACUGGUUGAAAUUCCUUCUGUGCUGAUCCACUGAGGCUGACCAUCUUACGGGUUUCACACAAAUCAGUGAGUUGUCCUAUCAGUUGCAGUUUGUUCUCUCUAGCAAAAGUAUUGAAGUUGAUUCAGUCCUUCUACCCACUUGCUCUUGGAUAUCACACAACAUUUUUCAGUGUGUCAAGCUCUCGUAAGGCAAAUACAAACAGUUGUCUAGACCAGAAUACCUCUACCUUUGUUGAAGAGCCUAAGAUCCCAUUUAGUUCCCAAGAGAUUUCUCUCCACCAAAGGAUAUAGUUACUGCUUGCUAUGAUCAUUAUGGUUUAACUAAGUGUAUUUUACCUACGAAUGUGCCAUAGGCUCUGGCUGUCUUCACAGGAUGGCAUAAUAGCCCAUUUUUCUCCUUGGGGUACAGCAAACAGACCUUGUGGCUAAGGUUUUAAAUCUUGCAUCCAGUGUGUUCAUUUGAGGGGUCUAUGUGGAGAGCAGAGCCAUGGCUCUGCCAAACAGCAUUAGCAGCAGGCAGAUAAA